AUUCUUCUUAUAAAUGGAACUGGAAUUGAAACAAAUGUGUGUUGCAGUUAAACAGACAACAACAGAUCCACCAAAAUAUGAGCUAAGUAAAAGUUUGUUUUUUAAAUUAAUGAGUGAUAGUUUGGUUCCUAUAAAAAGAAAAAGAACAGGGAUGUAUUUAAGGCCUUUUCUCCCAAUUAACUCAAAUAUAUUUUACAAAAACAAUGGCCACGCCCCAGCUAUUUUCGUAGUCGCCGGUGGACCAGUCUCUUCAUUCUUAUAUGACAUGACAGAGUGCGCACUGCGCCUAGCCUCCUCUCCUCGCGCUCUCUAUGCUAACCUUCGCAUCUCACCUACUCGAUUCUUUCCUCUCCGCCGAUCUCUUCCGUUGACCUCUCCGUCCGUUGCUGGAAAAUCACUUUUUUCCUCCCACCCGAAUCGGAGAAACUCAGUGUUGAGAACAAAUUCCUCGAUAUCUCAGUUCAGAACAAAAGCAUCAAUGGCUGAGACAGUGACGGGGAAAAGUAGAGGGGAAGUGAAAGUGUUCGAUUCUGAAGAAGAGCUUGCUGUGUCUCUGGCGAAGUACACUGCCGAUUUAUCGGAGAAAUAUUGCAAAGAGAGAGACGCUUUUACUGUGGUUGUUUCUGGUGGUUCACUUAUCAAGUCUCUCAGGAAAUUGGUGGAGCCACCAUAUAUUGAUUCAAUAGACUGGUCCAAAUGGCAUGUUUUCUGGGUGGAUGAGAGAGUGGUUCCAAAGGAUCAUCCUGACAGCAAUUAUUUGCUUGUUUAUGAUACUUUUCUAUCCAAGAUACCUAUUCCUGCUGGUCAUGUGUAUGCCAUAAAUGAUGCAUUAUCAGCAGAGGCUGCGGCUGAUGAUUAUGAGACUUGUCUAAGGCACUUAGUUAAGAGCAAGACUGUAGACAUCUCUAAUGAGAGUGGAUUGCCAAAAUUUGAUGUAAUGCUAUUGGGUAUGGGUCCAGAUGGACAUGUUGCUUCCUUGUUUCCCGGGCAUCCUCUUGUCCAUGAGAAAGAGAAGUGGGUCACCUUCAUCAAGGACUCUCCAAAACCUCCGUCGGAUAGGAUUACAUUUACAUUUCCUGUGAUAAAUGCAUCUGCAAAUAUCGCACUUGUAGUAGCAGGUGCUGGGAAGGCAGAUGUAGUGUAUAAAUCGCUAGGUGAUAAUAAGAGUUCUGAUUUGCUGCCUGUGCAGAUGGUUUCACCCGAAGGAGAAUUGGUUUGGUUUUUAGACAAGGCUGCAGCUUCGAAGCUGUAAGGAUUAAGAUAUGUGGGUCGUGAAUUAGUGCUUCACUGCUGUGUGUAUUUUGUAAUUCUAACACAUUCUCGAGAAGGGUUGUUUUUCCCAGUAUUGUCUGUAAAAUGUUGAAUGAUCCUUGACUAUCAGGAAGUUGGUAAUAAAACUGCAGUGUAUGCUGUUAUUA